AUGAUUUGCUUUCACUUUUCUAUAUUUUUGUUGGUUUGGGAGUUGCUGGUUGUCUUCAAUUUUUUUUUUUUUUUCCUCUUAGUAAAACGCUUCAGAGAACCAAAGCAUGAAAGACGUCCCUGGAGGAUAUGGUUUUUAGAUACUUCCAAGCAAGCCAUAGGAAUGUUGUUCAUCCACUUUGCAAAUGUCUAUUUAUCAGACCUUACAGAAGAAGACCCUUGUUCACUGUACCUUAUCAACUUCUUGUUAGAUGCCACAUUAGGAAUGCUGUUAAUCUACAUUGGUAUUCGUGCAGUCAGCAGCAUUGUGGAAUGGCAGCAGUGGGAGUCCCUUCGCUUUGGUGAAUAUGGUGACCCAGUGCAGUGCCGUGCUUGGGUGGGCCAAUGUGCUCUGUACAUAAUGAUUAUGACAUUUGAGAAAACCAUCAUCAUUAUAGUGCUUCUUAUACCUCAGUGGAAAGAGGUGGCUUUAUUGAAUCCUAUAGAGAACCCCCAGUUGGAGCUGGCCAUCGUCAUGCUGAUAGUUCCCUUUGUUGUUAAUGCAUUAAUGUUCUGGGUAGUAGAUAAUUUUCUUAUGAAGAAAGGGAAGACAAAAGCUAAACUUGAAGAAAAGGAAGCAGGACAAGAUUCAAGAAAUGGAAGUAAAGUCCGAUACAGGAGAGCAGCAUCACAUGAAGAGUCAGAGUCAGAAAUCCUUAUUUCAGCAGAUGAUGAGAUGGAGGAAUCGGAUGCUGAAGAGGACCUGCGUAGACUGACCAACUUAAAGCCCAUUAAGAAAAAGAAGCAUCGUUUUGGUCUGCCUGUAUGACACAUUCCCUGACCUGUGUAUUUGCAGGUUUCAUGGCAAAAACUUCAGUCAAUGGGUUUUAAUGUUGCAAUUGCAUCUCCCUUUUCAUACAAACUGACUUAAAAGCAAGGUCUACCAACAGAAUGCAGAUGGUUGGAAGACUUCCAGUUCAGUUGCACUACAGACACACUGACCAAUUAUGCAAGAAUGUCUUUUCAUCACGUGUGAAAAACAGUGUUGUUAAGGACUAGUCGCUAAGGGGAUUCGUAUCUGACGUUUCAGAGAAGAUCAUAGAAAACAGAUACAGCAAUCUUCCACUUACGGUUACUGAUGAUACAGUUUAAGCUGUUCUCAAAAAGGCAUCAGAAUCAACUAAGCUAAAGGAGUGUGUUCUAUGACUAAAACUGGCUUUUGCGGCAUAAUUCCUAGAGCAGAAUAGUUUAUGGUUACAAACUGUAACUUAACGUUAUUUUUUUAAGUACAAAUGUUUACUUGCUACCAGGUACCUAUGGAACUAAUAGGUGGAACAAAGAUUUUUUUCCAAGU